UGAUUUUAGAGGUUGUAGUAAAAGCUACAGAGAAACCUAAAAGUUGUCUGUAUAAUAUAGAUACGUAUUUAUCUUUGCUUGAAGUUGACAUUGACAAUUGACUUUGACAGCUCUUUUAGAUUCGGCAAGCGCUAGCUAAGAUCACAAUGGCUAAACCAAAAGGAGAGAGGAAAGGUAAAUCCGCUAUCAAUGAAGUUGUUACUCGUGAAUACACGGUAAACUUACACAAGCGGCUGCAUGGAGUCGGUUUUAAGAGACGCGCACCUCGGGCUAUCAAAGAAGUUCGCAAGUUUGCUGAAAAACAAAUGGGUACCCCAGACGUUCGUGUUGACACAAGAUUAAAUAAGUACCUUUGGUCAAAGGGUGUCAGAAAUGUUCCCUUCAGAGUUCGCGUAAGGCUGUCACGCAGACGUAAUGAUGAUGAGGACUCAGCACAUAAGCUAUUCACUCUGGUCACCUAUGUGCCAGUUGCAUCCAUAAAAGGCUUGCAAACUGAGAAUGUUGACGCUAGCCAAGAAUAAACCAAUAAUUUAAGCUUA